UCCAGCACCUCUCCGGCGAGCUGCUGCUGCCGGCUCACAUGAGGUUGAAAUCAAACGUACAGGCCCUGAACCAAAGCAACGACAACAGCAGCACUAUGGUAGACUACACCCUCACCAUUUUCAACCCCACGGCGUAUGGAAAGUGCUCCUGGAUGGACCUGGGUGACAACAGCUGGUCCAUGGUCAAGCGAGAAGUGUCCAGCAGCCCAGGGUCACCGGCUGAGCAGAGCUACUUGCACGGCGACAGCAGGAGGGAGGCUCCCACCGCCGAGGAGCUCAGGUCACCGGCGCCGCCGAGCGAGCUGGACGCCUUGGCACACCGACGCUCCGAGGGACGACCGCUACACUCCUACGUCCACUUCGGACACCACCACCACCAUCACCACCACCACCACAGCGGCGGCAGCGGCGGCAGCGGCAGCCUCACCCCCGCCGCGGAGGACAUCCCCCUCUUCACGGAUUUAGACCAGGGCAACAAGCUGGUCCUCUCUGGCGGAUCACACAAGGCGGGCUUGCUCGUCGACCCCACAGAUAUGUAUCAGACACUCGCCAUCGCGGCGGCGCAAAGCCAGACUGGAUACGAUUCCCCCUCCGCUAGUUAUAGUAUGCACUCCAACCCCAACUCUCCGGUGUACGUGCCCAGCUCCAGGGUGGGCUCCAUGAUACCCAGCCUGUCUUAUCUGCAGGCCAGCGGGUCCACUCAGCCCAGCCACGCCGUCACCAGCCACUCGGUCUGGUCCCAGUCUACUCCGGACAGUCCGUCGUACAGCACCGGGAGCCCGCACACGGCCAACCGUUUCCACUACCCUCCAAGUCCGCCCAUGAAUAACGGGGCGCCCAGGGACACCGGCUACACGAACACGCUGAAUGUGAGCAGGGACCAGUACAGCCUGACCCGGCCCCUCAGUGGAUCCUACCCUAGUCCCUACUCCCCCUACGUUGCCCCCCAGCUGUCCCAGUUACCCUCGCCAUGGACAGGAGGGCCUUUCGAUAACACCAUGCUGCACACCUUGCAGAGCAGGGGUGCGCCCCUAAUUCGAGGCCCGAACGGAGAGAUCCUGGACGACAUGGCGGAGAGCAGGGAGUGUGUCAACUGCGGCUCCAUCUCUACGCCGCUGUGGAGGCGCGACGGCACGGGCCACUUCCUCUGUAACGCCUGCGGCCUUUACAGCAAAAUGAAUGGACUCAGCAGGCCGCUGAUCAAACCCCAGAAACGCAUGUCCUCCUCCAGACGAAUCGGUCUGUCGUGCGCCAACUGUCAAACAAGCACGACCACCCUGUGGCGCAGGAACGCGGACGGGGAGCCGGUGUGCAACGCCUGUGGGCUCUACACCAAAUUACACGGGGUACCUCGGCCGCUCGCCAUGAAAAAAGAGGGGAUUCAGACGAGAAAAAGAAAGCCCAAAACCUCAAAUAAGACGAAAGGAUCCUCUGGCAAUAGCAGCGUGGUCCCCAUGACUCCCACCUCCACGUCCUCAUCCAACUCUGAAGACUGCUCCAAAAACAGCUCUCCGUCCACACAGGGCUCAGGGGUGAGCUCCUCUGUGCUGUCCAGCUCUUCGGUGGAGGGAGCAGGCCCGGGCUCGGGGGUGAAGUACCCGGGACAGGAGGGUCUCUAUACCAGCGUGGGUCUCUCCCAGCCCUCCGAUGUGGCUUCCUCGGUGAGGGGGGAGCCCUGGUGCCCCAUGGCCCUAGCUUGAGCAUGUACAAUCUGGGAGAUGAGACCGAUCAGCAGCCCCCACCCCACCCCAUCCCACCCCACUCCACAUACCCCCCCAUCUCUGUGGAGUUCACGUGUUGUGGAUGUGGUUGGUGGCCCCAGACAAGACCCCCCACCCCGCCCCACCCACCCAUGCAUAGCAUAUGCAUGGGAGCUGCACCGAGAGAGAGAGAGAGAGAGAGAGAGAGAGAGAAAGAAUUAUGAGUCCAGCCUGCAAGUUUGAAAACGAGUGUGGAGUACUUAGGAUCAAUUUCCAGAAUGUUGUUGGCGACCUGGCAUUGCUGGGGGAAAAAAACAAGACAAAACAAAACCAACAAAGGGAGAUGUUUUUGGAUGGUGCCAGACGAUUCUUUCCGCUGACCUAUGCCCUGGACGGCUUGUGGACCUGCAGAGCACUCGAUAUCUCUCCCAUCACACCUUGGUUCUCAAAUGAAGACCACAAUGUACAUAAUGAUAUGGAUUUCCCCAGUGCAACAUCUGUUGAUUUGAAAAAAAAGAGAAAAAAAGAAAAGUGCUGAAUGAGGCACAAUCCUCAGAGGACAUUUAGAUUGUUGUUGUUUUUUUUCCCCUCUCUUCUCUGCAACUGGAAUCAAGCUAUACGACUACCAAGACAACUCUUUCACGAAUCAAAGUAUUUAUAAAAUCUUCCAUUGUAGAAAACAUGGCUAUGAUUGUUAAUAAAGAUAUAAAAAUAGAGUAGAAAUUAAGAACAUUUCUGACGUCUUCUUUUCUAGUUUCAACCUCGGUCUUGUCGAGUGGUGGUGUUUAGUAAUGCUGAAUCGUGUUCACCACUGAAAGCUCUCACUGUAUCUGACUGAAACUGGUAUGGUUUAAACAGGGUAUUCAUGACUAUGGCAUCCUUUGUCCUGUAGUGUUUUUAUUUUUUUUUAAUUUUAUUUCUUUUUGCUGAAAUUUACCAAUAAUCAACUCCUCCAGUUUCAUUUUGAUGUUAAAACGUUGUCAGCUGUUAGGCAAGCAGAGGUACUGCUAAUCUCAAAGCAAUGGUCGAUUUAUCAUUCAAAGGUGAGUAGAAAUGGCGCAGAUUUUUUUGUUUUAAAUUCCCUAUAAAACAUUGCAACUGCAAAAGAGAAGUGCUGGCUGCACAGACGACUGGCUGCCUAACAGAUACUAGCAAACCUGCAGACAUUUAGCGAGUCGAGCAUGCGUUCAUAACGUUAAACCCAAGGAAACCAGUGAGGUCAGCGGGUGAAUAUGUCGUGUUAUUCUGACUCAGUGGCGUCAUGAGGAUUUAAGAGAACCUAUCGACAGUGACGUCACAAGGAAUCGGCGACAAGAAGGGCGAGGGCUAGCUAUACAUGCUAGCUAUACUUACUAGCUGUGUAUGCUAGCUGUAGUCGCCAGCUAUAUUUCAUCAUAUUGUUGUUGCAAUUGGCCUGUGAUAAAAAAAAAAUCCCCCCAAAAAAUCGGACAAUCUUGGAUAAAAAGUAAAUAACGUGGGGUAUCAGCUCAACACGAAGACGUUUUUGAGAGCUCUGUGGAGGUUUUCAACGUGUUUCAAAAGUCCAAAGAGCCGUGGCGCUCACGUCGCCACGUCCGCUGACACAGACUAAUUCCUGGGUAACGUGGGAGCGUCCGUCUGUAGGCAAUCUGAUAUGCGUUACAUUGUGAAACUGGCGUAGGUUUUGUUUUUUUCAAAUCGUGUCUUUCCCCCCUUUUUUGUUUUUGUUCCACAGCCUACUACAAUUAAAAUAGGGUCUUUCCUUUCUUUCUUUCUUUUUUCUUUUUUUUUUGGACUUAUUUAUUAUUUGAAAUAUCAUGUUCAUUUCAGCAUUGUUUUCCUCUCAUGUCUGGGUAUUUUUGUAUUUUGCUGUUGUUUUAUUUCUGAGACGGUAUAGAAAUUAUUCUAUUUAAAUUCAUUUCAAAUAAAUUGUUUUGGUGAA